ACACAGCUGACUGCUCAGCUUGACCUCCCUGGCUGCGGAGGGACGGAUGCACAAACACUCACACACACAUACACUUAUUUAUAACCACACUCUCAAGCAACUCAUUUUGUCCAAGUCCCUGAAGAUGUUGCUCUUCAUCUUGCUUUUGCUUUUCGAUUUCAACCCAUCACUGAGCCUAAAAAUCUGCUCCUUCAACGUGAGGUCUUUUGGAGAAACAAAAAUAGCCAGACCUGAAGUCCUCAAUGCCAUGGUAAAGAUCAUUUCUCGCUGUGACAUUAUGUUGCUGAUGGAAGUAAAGGAGAACAAGAACCGGGUUUGUCCUCUUCUGGUGGAGAAGCUCACCAGUCAGCUGAAAGGGCCAAAGGAGGAAUAUAGAUGUGUGGCCAGUGAGAGGCUGGGAAGGAAGAGCUACAAGGAGCAGUAUGCCUUCAUCUACAGGCAACAUUUGGUAUUAGUGAAACAAACCUACCAGUACCCUGACACCCAGCCUGGGGAUGAGGAUGCUUUCUCCAGAGAACCCUUUGCCAUCUGGUUCCAGUCUCCAAAAACUGCUGUCAAAGAGUUUGCUAUAAUCCCUCUGCACGCCACACCAGAGACAGCAGUGCGGGAAAUUGAUGAGCUCUAUGAUGUGUAUUUAGAUGUAAAACAGCGCUGGAAAACUGAGAACUUCAUCUUCAUGGGGGACUUCAAUGCUGGAUGUAGCUACGUUCCCCAAAAGCAGUGGAAGAACAUCCGUCUAAGGACUGACUCUGAAUUCAUCUGGCUCAUUGGUGACAAAAAUGACACGACAGUGAGGAGAAGCACAAGCUGCCCAUAUGACAGGAUUGUGGUCAGCGGGCAGAAGCUCAUCCAUGCUGUCUUGCCACACUCUGUCAAUAUCUUUGAUUUCCAGAAGGAUUUUCAGAUGACUGAGGAGCAGGCACUGGGGGUGAGUGACCACUUCCCUGUAGAGUUUGAGUUAAAAACAAAAGGUGGCUUCUUCAGCUGGCUGAGAUCAAAGUUUUCAAAGAAGAGGAGGUCCAGGAAGGGCCGUGGCUCAAGAUCAUGAGACUGCCGAGUCCUUUCACGUGGCAUGGAAAAACACAGAUACCAACAGAUCUUGGAGAAGACCAAUGUAGAUAUACUUUAAGCAAGCACAAUUUUUCAUGGAAAGAAAAACCUACCAAAUAUUUUGUUAUAUUUAAAAUAUUUUGGGUAAGAUAAAUCAGCUAGAAGCAGCACACAAGGCUUUAUGUACUGAUUCCUAAUGUAAAGAGCUACUGCAAGAAUAGA